GGUUAUCAAAUUAUUUUGUUUUGUAUAGGUUUUUAAUAUGAUACAAAUGUAAUCCAGUUUUUCUAUUCCUUACUAGAACAAUGCUUGAACCCAGAACUAGAAAGUUCUAAAGCAGAUGGCUCUCCAAGACCCAUGAAAAUUUAUUAGGUGGAUUGGAUUUGGAGUUCUGAUUCUGAAGAUCCUGAAUUCUCGGAUGAUGCUCACCAGCUCACAAUAAAAAUACUCUAUGAUUUGUAAAUCAAGGGAUUGGAUUAAAUGUGAUCUCUAAUAGUCCAAUAAUCAUACAGAUAUCUGAAGUAUUGAAAAUGAAUCUCGAAUUACUAGAAUCAUUUGGACAGAACUACCCAGAGGAAUUUGACGGAACUCUAGAUUCUCUGUCCAUUGCUGUAACAUUAGCAUUCAACAAAAGGGGCACCCUUCUGGCAGUAGGUUGUAACGAUGGACGUAUCGUAAUUUGGGAUUUUUUGACUCGCGGCAUUGCGAAAAUCAUAUCUGCCCACGUUCAUCCAGUUUGCAGUGUCAGUUGGUCGAGAAAUGGCCAUAAAAUUGCUUCUGCCUCCACCGAUAAUACCGUGUGCAUAUGGUCCGUGCUCACCGGAGAAUGUGAACAAAAAUACAGGUUUCCUUGUCCAGUAUUGAAGGUACAGUUCGAACCAAGGAGCAUGGAGAGAUUGUUGAUCUGCCCCAUGAAACACGCAGCAGUAUUAGUGGACACUAAUGGGAAACAUCAAGUUCUACCUAUAGAUGAAGAUGGCGAUCUCAAUAUUGUAGCAUCAUUCGAUAGAAGAGGUGACUACGUUUACACGGGAAAUGCUAAAGGGAAAGUUCUGGUACUGGACUCACAUACUUUGGAGGUAAAAGCUAGCUUUAGGGUAAUGUUGGGGUCUUCCAGUGCCACUGCUGUAAGAAGUAUCGAAUUUGCGAGGAGAGGGGAUAAUUUUUUGAUAAACACGGCUGACAGAGUGAUCAGGGUGUACGACAGCAAAGAGAUUUUGACCUAUGGGAAAGAUGGGGAACCAGAACCAAUGCAAAAAUUACAAGACUUAGUCAACAAAACCAUGUGGAAAAAAUGUUGUUUUUCUGGUGAUGGGGAAUAUAUUUGUGCUGGUUCUACCCGACAACAUGCUCUUUAUAUUUGGGAGAAAUCUAUUGGAAAUUUGGUCAAAAUUCUUCAUGGCACAAAAGGAGAAUUGCUGUUAGAUGUAGCUUGGCAUCCAGUUCGACCAAUUAUUUCAAGUAUAUCAUCAGGUGUGGUGAGUGUUUGGGCUCAAAACCAAGUCGAGAAUUGGUCAGCUUUCGCGCCAGAUUUCAAAGAAUUGGACGAAAAUGUCGAAUAUGAAGAAAGGGAAAGUGAGUUUGAUUUGGCAGAUGAAGACAAAUCUGUUGCAAGUGGAGGCGAUGACAAGGAAGAAACGGAUUUGGAGGUGGAUGUCUGUGCAGUGGACCCAGUAGCUGCAUUUUGUAGUUCUGAUGAAGAAAAUGAGAACUCUGAUUGUUUGCAGUUUCUGCCUACGGCACCUGAGAUUGAAGAUCCAGAAGAUAACUGGGCCCCAACUGAUAAUAUUGUGUCUUCGAACGUAGGAAGCGGACCGCCUCCACCAAAAAAGAAGAAAUAUAAAUCAUAUGAUAUUCCUCUUGAAAAUAUAUCAGAUGGAGAAGUGCAUCCCUUAUUAAGCAAUAAAUCUAAGGAUAAACAAGUGGCUGGCGGUAAGAAGGGAGGAGGAAGGCCGAGAAAAUGACAAUUUUUCAAUGAACAUGUCGAAAUCGAUCGUGAAUAAUAAACUUUACAUUUUGUU